AUGAAUUCUUUAAUUGAUAGUUCAACCAAAACAAUAAUUGGUGAAAAAGAUUCGUUUGGAUAUGAAGGAGAUGAUUUAGUUAAUUCUUAUUCGAAUGUUCGAUUUUAUGAACCUGGUUCUUUGAUUGUGAAAAAUACAAUGGUCUAUCUUGUGGACAAAUCCAAUAAUUGUAUUCGAAAGAUUGAUGUUUCCAAUAAGAUUGUGUCAACAUUCAGUGGUGGAUUCAUUAAUCAUCCCUAUGGAGAGGACUUGCCAAGAUUUGAGAUUUCACAAGUCAAUGUAUUGUACAAACCAUUCAUAUAUAAUGAUGAACUUUAUUUUGUGGAACAACAUUUGAUUAUUAGAAAGGUUUCGAAAAUAGAUGGACUAAUCAAGACUGUCUUUGGAGUGAGUUCAAAAUUGAAAACAGAAACUUCACCAACGAGAACUUUCAAAUCAAUUUUAAGUUUAUUUUGCUUUCCAAAUGGAGAUUUGGUUAUUUCUGGAUACCACGAUUUACACGUUCUUAAUUUGGAUACAUUAAGGAUGAGAUAUUUCCAAAUUAAUUACAGUAAUCCAAUUAGCUCUAUUACUGGUUUUGGAAAUUCCUUUGAUAAUGGCACAAUGUACAUUGGAUUUGUGAGUUCAGAUGGCAUUUACAAAUAUCAAAACGAAACUUUACAAGAUUCAAGUAAGAUUGAGUACAGUGUAAAUGAGUUUUCCAUCCUAAACAAUACUUUAUAUUAUAUUUCAUCUGGAAUACUUAUAAAAGUGGAAUGGAAAAAUCAAUCUUCGGACUGGAUUGAAUUUCCAGUUUCAAUUUCACGUGUUGCCUAUGAUUCCAUAUAUGGAAAGAUUUAUGUUGCGAAUGGUUACAGAAUUUAUGAAGCAAAUUUGGAUGAUCUUAGUUUAAGAAAGGUUGGUGGAAUUGAUGGAGGUACAUAUUCUGGAACUUAUGUUGAUUUUGAUGGAUAUAGUGGUGAGAAUGUUAAUGCCACUCAAUCAGCAAUGUCGAUUAAUUCAAUUUAUGCACAUAAUGGAGUCAUUUACAUUGCGACAGUAUCAUCCUACAUUUACACAAUAGUUGAUGGAAUUGCCAAAACUAUAGUUGGCAGCAAUCCUAGCUCAAACUUACUUGGUAUGGACAUGAAUUCCUUUUGCAGAGAUCCAAAUCAAAAUCUAAUCUAUAUAAUAGAUAAGAAUGUAUUGAAGAAGUAUGAUGAGAAAACUGGUGAAAUUACCUCUCUAUUGCCAGCUGUCAAACCUUUCCUUUCCUUUUCUUUAGUACUUUUAGAUUCCUUUAUGUUUGCACUUUUUCCAAGAGUUGAUGUUAAAAUGGUAUUCUCUCUCUAUGAUAAUAUGAUUUAUGUUGCAGAUUAUUGCAGAAUUAUUCAAAUUGAUCCAAAAACAUUGAAAUAUCAGAAAGUGGCAGGAAAGGAAUGUGGAACAGUGAUUCCUGACAUUCCAGCUUUGAAUUCUCCAUUGGGAAAGCAAAGUACUAAAGGUCUUUCUGUAAAUCCCAAGAAUGGCGAUAUUUACAUUUGUUAUCCAGAUUUUUUUGGAAAGAUUGAAAAGAGUUCAGGUAUGAUUCGUGUAUUCUUUUGGAAUCCACUCAAUUCACCUUUCGAAUCUGAAGAUGGAAUCAUUGUAGAAAAUGACAAACGAAUUGGUGUCAUUGGUUCCUCUCAUUCCAUUAGUGAUGACCUGCAUUACUUUUGCACAGCAAACACCAUUCGAGUUUUGGAACGACUUCAGAAUGGUUCGUUCUAUUUGAAGAGUAUUGUUGGAACUGGGACUGAUGGAUAUAGUGGUGAUAAUCUACCUGCUGUUUCGUCUAAAUUGUCUCAAAUUAAGUCAUUUUAUGUGAAAGAGAAUGGUGAUAUAAUUAUAUUGGAUUCUGGUAAUAAUAUUAUUAGAAAGUAUGUGAAAAAAACUGGAUUGUUAGUGACCAUUGCAGGAAAACCAAGAGAGCAGAGUACCUAUUUCAAUGGAGACCUGAAGGGAGUGGAAACAAGUUUUAUUGGUUUUGGUUAUACUAUUGAUGUAAAUGAGAAAUCGGACGAAACUCUUUUUCUUGAAACAGUGUCAACCAAUGGUGUAACUUCACUAAUUAGAAAGCUAUAUCCUGUUUGUGAAGGAGGAGCACAAUUCAAUUCUUUCAAUAAUACAUGCGAUUGCUUGAGUGGUUUCUAUGGUGACAAAUGUCAACCAAUCACUUGUAAUGGAACUAGUUCUUCAGAUUCAAAAAGUUGUAAUGGAAAGGGAAGUUGUGUUGGAUUGGAUAUUUGUAACUGUAUUACUGGUUUCGAUGGUCAAUUUUGUGAAAGAUCUUCACUCGAUAAUUUAGCCAACGAUCAAUCAACAACUGUUUUGGUGGUUGCAAUUGUGAUUCCAAUUGUUGGAAUUGGCUUAAUAAUAGUGAUAAUUGUUGUGGUGGUUAUCAUUCUACUAUCUAUGAAGAAGAAGAAGGCAGUGAAGAGAAAUGAAAUAGCAAAUGCCACAAUUGUUGAAAUGUCAGACUUCCCAUCCAGUUCUGUAAUUAUUUCAUCGUCUAUGGGAUCCAAUGUGUCAGAUAAUGAAGAUGUCCUUUCAAGAUAUAUUAAUAUGGUCAGAAUUGGACAAGGUGCAUUUGGAAGUGUAUUCAAAGUGACAGAUACCAAAUGUGGAAACAAAAUCAAAGCUGUCAAGUUUGUGAAAUUUGAAUCAUUUACAGAUUUGAAUACGAUUAUGAAAGAGGCAUCACAAUUUAGUAAUAUUAGACAUCCAAAUAUUUUGAUAAUCAAUGAUUAUUUCAUUACAAAAGAUAAUUUACUUUGUAUGGAUAUGGAUUAUUUUGAAAAUGGCGAUUUGACAAGAUUUACAAAGAAAGAAACAUGUUCUGAAGAUAUUAUUCGAAAGAUAAUGAAACAAGUACUGAGUGCUCUUGACUAUGUCCAUUCAGAAUUAUCAAUCAUUCACAGAGACAUCAAACCUUCAAAUAUUUUUAUUCGAAAUCUUUCUGGAAAUGAUAUUGAAGUUGUUUUGGCUGAUUUUGGCUUAGCUAAAAAGCAUCAAGAAAUGAAAGGUCAUUCCUAUGCUGGAACUCCACUUUUUAUGAGUCCUGAAAUUGCAUUGGGAAGUUGUUAUUCUUUCAAUACCGAUAUUUUCUCAUUGGGAGUUUCAAUUUAUCAGAUCAUGACAAAGGAUGAAACAAUUUCUAUUGGAAACUUGUUGAUGGGAAAUCAAUCAGCAAAUGCUGUGUCAAUUCUCACAAAGCAAAUGGAAGCUGAACAACAAUAUUCGAAUGAAUUAAUGGAAAUUGUGAUUAAAAUGUUGGACAGGAAUCAGGAAACUCGUCCAAGUGCAAGGCAGAUUCUCCAAAUGCCUUACUUCAAAUAA